AAUACCAUUAUCGGUAAACAAACACAAAUCCAAAUCCAAAUCAAAACCACAAGGCAUAGAUAAAGAAAGAAAGAAACUUUAUUAUGUAUAAAUGGCCGGUUUCUGGAGAAUUCUAUUUGGCAGCCACCAGCAACAGCCAGCGCCAGCCGAUCUUUUUCCCUUUCACAAUUUCCUCUCCCACCUCCAAUUCCUCCGGUCGAAGGACAGUAGGACACAGGAGAAAAGGUGGAAAAGCUAGUGGAUUUUAGCUCUCUCUCUCUCUCUCUCUCUCUCUCUCUCUCUCUUUCUUGGUCUCGUCCCUUUCUUCUCCCUUCUUUACGCUUCCCUUCUUCACUUCCACGGAAGCCCCAAAAAUGCUAACAAGCCAGCUUCCCACUCCAUUUCUAAAACAGGGUUUUGGGUUUGCUCUGUUUUGUUGAGCGUUCUAUUGGGUUCUUGUUUGUUGUAAUUUGUCGACAAGAAAAAAGGGGUGAAGGUUUGGACUUCGUUGAGAACGGAAACACCAAUGGCAAAUCUUGGAGAGAAUGGCAGCAUAAGUAGUGGCAGGGAUUUGUAUGGAGUUUUGGGUUUGCGCAAGGAAUGCUCUACCUCUGACCUCAGGAAUGCUUACAAGAGACUUGCUCUGAGAUGGCAUCCAGAUCGUUGUUCAGCUUCAGGAAACUCGAAGCAUGUUGAAGAAGCUAACAGCAAGUUCCAGGCAAUUCAGCAGGCAUAUUCUGUUCUGUCUGAUGCCAACAAGAGGUUCCUUUACGACGUCGGAGCCUACCAUAGUGAUGAUGAUGAUGACGAAGAUGGAAUGGGUGAUUUCCUGAAUGAAAUGGCUGACAUGAUGAGCCAAACUGAACCUACUGUGGAUACUGGGGAGGAGAGUUUUGAGCAGCUGCAAGAUUUAUUCAAUGAAAUGUUCAAUGUUGAUAUUGAGUCAUCAUUUGGAGCUUCUUCCUCCCUCGAUGCUUCCUCGUCUUUAUCGUCAUCAUCAACUUCCUCUGCAGCUUCCUACACGUCCUACUUCCAGAGAUCUAACUCCACUCAUGGAAGCAGCAGCCCUGAGCUCAAAGUGGGGAACAAUGGCAUGAAGGAUUCACUCAACCAAGCUUCUCACUUUCAGAACUUCUCUCUAGGGGUGGAAAACCGGAAGGAUUGCAAGAAGGGGGUGGCAGCAAGAGGAGGAAAAAUUCUAGGAGGGCUCGACGGUAGAAGGAGCAAGCAAGGUAGGAAACAGAAUGUGUCAUCGUUUGGCCAUAUGUCCAGUGACGACUUCAUGUCCAUGCUUGGUCAAGGAUGGUGAGAUGCAGCAAUUGAUCGAUUCAGCCUGGCUAGUAUGUCUGCUCCAAGUAAUGGAGCUGGAAGGCCUAACCUAAUAUGGACACAAGAAGGCGAUGCAGAAGCAAAGCAGCAACCAGAAAGGAAGGGAAGUGUUUAUCUUGUAACAAAAAAGAUAAAGAGUGUUGCCUGUCUGGCAAAUGCUGCUGCAGAUCUUGUGUGCCUCUCCACCUUGUCUAAGUUGUAAAAGUGGCUCUUGAAGCCUGCUGAUCAUUAUUGUGUUUCUUUUAGUGUCAAAUGAGAUAUAAAGGAAUGAUUCAAGA